GGGUGUGUGUGCGGAAACUGACAGGUAGAGAGCUGCCGUCUCUUGGUGAGUUGAAGCCAAUGCAGCGAAAAUAUUUAGUAAAUAUUCCAAUAUUCAUUGGAAUCAUCGGUUCAUACAAACAGUUGGAUUAACUAUGUUCUCAUAACUUUGCGCCAGACUUGAGUUCAGUAACGUUAGUGGACGUGGGUGAAGGCACCGCAGGCAAACGGGAAAUUCAACUCAGCUGGCCGGGAAAACCGAUCGCACCACCCGGCUUCCGGGGAUUCAGGGGCCGCAUCGGUUGACUGCAGACGUCGGUCGGUAGCUCUUGGGAGUUACACAUCAUCUACAUCAUCGCCGACAUCCACCUCUCGGUUUCAGCGACGUUCAAGAUGUCAAGAAAGCUUCAAAGGACGGAAGUCUGCGCGGACUGCAGUGCGCCAGACCCGGGCUGGACCAGUAUCAACCGAGGGGUUCUGAUCUGUGAUGAAUGCUGUUCAGUCCACCGCAGCUUAGGUCGCCAUAUCUCCAUAGUCAAGCACCUGAGGCACAGUGGAUGGCCUCCCGCACUACUGCAGAUGGUUCAGACGUUGGCCAGUAACGGGGCCAACUCCAUAUGGGAACACAGCCUCCUGGACCCUGCUCAGGUACAGAGCGGUCGUAGGAAACCCAACCCCCAAGACAAAGUCCAUCCCACUAAGUCCGAGUUUAUCAGAGCCAAAUACCAGAUGCUGGCCUUUGUGCACAAGCUGCCCUGCCGCGAUGAUGAUGGCGUCACUACCAAGGACCUCAGUAAGCAACUUCAUUCAAGUGUGCGGACGGGGAGUUUAGAGACGUGUCUUCGGCUCCUGUCCCUUGGUGCUCAAGCCAACUUCUUCCACCCGGAGAAAGGCACUACCCCACUUCAUGUAGCAGCUAAGGCAGGCCAGAUCUUGCAGGCUGAGCUGCUAGUGGUGUACGGUGCAGACCCGGGAGCACCUGACAUUAACGGACGGACGCCCAUGGACUACGCAAGGCAAGCGGGCCAUAUAGAGCUAGCAGAGCGGCUGGUAGAGUGUCAGUACGAACUGACGGACAGACUAGCCUUCUACCUUUGUGGGCGGCGCCCAGAUCAUAAGAAUGGCCAUUAUAUCAUUCCUCAAAUGGCAGACAGAGCUCGUCCUAAGUGCCCAACACAGAGUCUGGACCUCUCAGAAUUGGCCAAGGCUGCCAAGAAGAAGCUUCAAGCGCUUAACAAUCGGCUGUUUGAGGAGCUAGCAAUGGAUGUGUAUGAUGAGGUGGAUCGCAGAGAAAACGAUGCAGUGUGGCUUACAACCCAGAACCACAGCACUCUGGUAACGGAACGCAGCGCUGUGCCCUUCCUACCAGUCAAUCCUGAAUACUCUGCCACACGCAACCAGGGCCGUCAGAAGCUGGCUCGUUUCAAUGCUCGGGAGUUUGCCACACUCAUCAUCGACAUCCUGAGUGACGCCAAAAGGAGACAGCAAGGGAAAGGUCUCAGCAGUCCAACUGACCCAUUUGAUCUGGGCAUUGAUGAUGACCAGCAUGACUACGACAGUGUAGCCUCUGAUGAAGACACAGACAGCGAGCUUACCACCCAGAACAACAGCAACACGCAACGCAGCAACCGUGCAAAGAGUAUGGACUCAUCAGACUUGUCAGACGGCCCCAUCACCUUGCAGGAGUACCUGGAGGUAAAGAAGGCGCUGGCCUCCUCAGAAGCCAAGGUGCAACAGCUGAUGAAGGUCAACAACAACCUAAGCGAUGAGCUCCGGCGGCUCCAGAAGGAGAUCACGCGGAUGCAGACAGAGAACAGUGUGCUGCGGGGGGGCCAGCAGGCUGGGGGGUUAGCUGGCCAUGGGGUAGGGGGUCCUGGCGGUGGAGGAGGAGGAGGAGGAGGAGGAGGAGGAGGAGGAGGCCACUGGCAAGUGGGUGGGAUGAGAGGAGGAAUAGGCGGAGUGGGUUUGGGUGGGUUUGGGACAGGAACGGACCCCCCGGGGCUGUCGGUGCCCUCCUCGGUUGCCCCCCACUCCCAUCCCCACCGAAGGGACCGCCAGGCCUUCUCUAUGUACGAGCCAGGGGCGGCCCCCGGCCCCACGGCCCAUGGUCCCCCAGUCCUGGACUCCCUGGCAGCCCGCCUGCAACCCCUCAACACACCCAGCGUACGGAAGGGUGGUGUAGGGGGUCCAGCACCAUAUGGAGGCCAACAUCUGUCUGGAUCUACCGAGAUGGGCAGAUACAUGAUCCCCAAACUAGAGAAGCAUGGCAGUGGCACUGACAGCGACUAUGACAACACACAAACAUACGACCUCUCGCUAAGUAUGGGGCGCAGCAGCGAGGAGGAAGGUGGUCGUGGGGAGUCUGAGGAGGGAGGAGGUGGGGAUGUGGGAGAGCCAGACCCCACCCUGCCCUGCACAGAGGAUGUCAUUCUGAAGACUGAGCAGGUAACCAAGAACAUCCAGGAGCUGCUCAGGGCUGCUCAGGAGUUCAAACAUGACAGCUUCGUUCCAUGUUCUGAGAAGAUCCACUCUGCUGUCACUGAGAUGGCUUCACUCUUCCCCAAACGCCCGGCGUUAGAUGCAGUCCACUGCUCCCUCCGCCUGCUGGCAUCCAGUGCCUCGCGGUUGCAGGUGGAGUGCCGUAAGGCGGCGCCCUCAGAGCCUGGCGGCCCUGCGGUGGACUACCAACUCCUCACUCAGCAGGUCAUCCAGUGCGCCUACGACAUCGCCAAGGCUGCCAAGCAACUGGUCACCAUCACCACUCGUGAGAAGAAACAGUGACCCAACAACUACAUGGAUGGAUCGAGAGGGAAGAGGGAGAGAAAACGGAUCAAAGCAUGGGUGGGCUAAGAGGGAUGGGGAGGGGCUUCUCGGAGAGGAAGAUAGAGGGGAAAACCAGAUCACACUAUUAUUGAGCGGAAGAGGGAGUGGGAGGGAUCAGGAGAAUGAUGGGCGUGAUGAGGGAAG